AAAGUUAUAAGAACAGUAGGGUGGUAAACUUUUGAAAAUUGUAGGCUACAGUUCUGCACAUAACAUUGUAUUUGGUGUAUUAAAUGACAUUGAAUCUUUGUAGUUUUUGCACAUAGGAGCACACAUUGAUCCAAGGAUGAAAGGACAGCUGUUACUUUGUCUACUUUUCCAAGUUUUUUGUGUUUUUGUGCUGGCUGAUGUUUGGAAGGUGAAAGUGGAGCCUGAAAUGAACGCGUUGGUCUCAUCUUGUGUUGUGUUGCCCUGUUCAUUCAAAUACCCCGGAAAAACACAGCCCUCUGAUCGAACGGUUGCUAUGUGGCACAAAAAAGACAAAAAUAAUGAAUAUAUCUAUCAUGAGGAUCAACCACAUGUCGAAGACAGUUUCAAGAAGCGCACCAGAUUGGUUGGUCGACUGGGUGAAUUAAACUGCUCAUUGGAGAUUGAUGAAGUCAAAGGCCAUGACAACGGCCCAUUUUGUUUAAAGGUUGAAUUACAGACAGGGACACAUUCCUUUGUGAACAAUUGUGUUCACCUUAAAAUGAUUGAAGAAGCCCCACCACCAGAGCUGCAUUUUGAGCAGUCUGUAGAGGAGGGUCAUCCUGCGAUCUUCAGAUGCUCUGUCAGGCACACCUGCCCCUCCCAUCAGCCCACUCUCACCUGGAACCACGAUGGGAAAGAGAUGGUGACCUAUAAGGUUAUUGGACAUGGAAACUGGGAAGUUGAAUCUGUUUUGACCUUCAUACCCACAAAAGAGGACGAUCACAAAGAUAUCACAUGCACAGUCAAAUACCAUGGUGUCAAAACGCAGCAUGAAACCAGACGUCCUCUCUUUGUGAAAGAACAAGCAACUGUCAACCACAUCCUGAUUCCAGUUUUCUGUGGGCUUGGAGCUGCUUUUCUAACUGGAGGACUGUGUUUCUUAAUCUUCAAAAGAAACAAUGGCUGGAAACCUGAGUACCUGGGGAACACCCACAUUGACAAAUCGACGCCUCCUGACUCAGCCAGGGCUAAAAAUAAGGACCUCUUAUAUAUCAAUCAACCUGACUAUUUUAACUUUUUAUAAAAAGAUGAAGAGUUUGAUUCCAAAACGAGAUAACUCAGAUUUAAACAUUUUGUCAAAACGUGUAUUAUUAUGUUAUCAUGUUUUUAUGUUUCGUGUUGUGCUACUUAGCUGUGUUUGUUUAGUUAUGAAGGCUUAAAUCAAAACAAACCAACUGCAGUUUGAUUGAUAUUAACUGGAAUGCAACUCAACAAAUAGGAUUUUUGUAAAAAAGUAAUCUACUUGCUGCUGUGUUUGCCAGCAUUGUACUGUAAAAUUACACUGGGUUAUUGGUAUUUGAAUUAACAUCAUCAUGCUUUUUGUUAGCUACAGCAUACAACUGUUAUUUAAUAGCAUAAUACUGUUUUUGUUAGCUACAGCAUAAAACUGUUAUUUAUCAUCAUACGGUAUAGCUUAUUUACAGUUCAUACUAGUCACAAAUCCAUUAUUUUAAGUGUUAUUAUACCCUGCAUUUAAUUUUUGUCUAAGUGGAUUACAUAAAACAAUAAAAGAUUAUUUUUUUGUAAAU